CGUGACCGGUCAUCGCCGUCGGACAGUUGCUGCAGUAACAGUAACGGCAAGCGGCUGUUACAGGGCGCGAGCAGUACGCCGGUUUCUGGAGCUCAGCACAUAAAUGGAAUCUAAAAUGGCCACUGGGAGUCAUGAUGCUAUUUCUUCAGAAGAACUUCGGAGAAGACUUUAUCAAACAUUCAAAAGUCGGGGUGUCUUAGAUUCUUUAAAGUCUCAGCUUCGAAAUCAGCUUGUCCAUGAAUUAACGCAUCCUGGUUUAAAUGGACUGUUACCUGUGAAUGGUCAUCGUCAUCAGAAUCCUUCCACAGAUGAAAGUUCUCUGUUGGUUAUGGCUGCAAAUAGCAUUGUAGCAGACCAUUUGCGAAAGAUUGGAUAUGAGUACUCACUGUCUGUCUUCUAUCCAGAAUGUGGCUUAGAAAAAGAAAAGGCAUUUACAGCAAGAGAUCUCCUGCAGGUUUUGAAGAUCAACCCAAGAUCAGAGCUUUACAAAUCCAUUAUUUCAAAUCUUGAAAAAAAUCAAAAAGGGUUUCUUAUUCAGUUUCUGAUGGAUCUGAUUGACUACCACCUAAGUCGAGCACAUCGGGAUGCAGAAACUCAAACCAGCUGUGCUUCAGAGUACACGGAAUCUAUUGUUGAUAAAUUUCAAAUGAUUGAUGAAGAAUAUGCAGCAUUUCAUCCAACAAAUUUACAAGAGGACUUCUGGGAAACUAAACUCCUUGCAUAUCGUAAACAAAUAGAAGAACAGCUUCAAGAAGAGAUGCGGCAAGAGUUGCAACACUUCAAGGAUCUGGAAUUGGCUAAGGUUCGGAUUCAGGAGAAAGAGCUUUCACAGAAGCAUAUAGAAGAGAUCAGAUUGAAGCUAGACAAAAUGUACCAGAAAAAGUCUGAGACAUUGAUUACAAGAGAGAAGAAUGCCAUUGAGAGACUUCAGAAACAGCAGGAGAUUGAAGAAAAAGAAAUCUAUAUACAGAGACAAAGUUUACUGAAAGAUAUUGAAGCAGUGCGAAAUAGAGAGGUUGAACUUAGACAACGAAUUGAAGCCUUUGAACUGACUCAGGAUUUGCAUGACCAAAAGAACAAGAGUUUAGAGGAGGAUCUCCGGAGACGGGAGCUUGCAGUGAAAAAUAUUGAGGAGACUUACGAGCAGAAGCUGAAAAAUGAACUGUGCAGGUAUCAACUGGAACUACAGGAAGAGCAUCGUAAAAGAAUGGAAAAGGUUGUAGCAAACGAGAAGAGAGUUGAAGUGGAGGCAGCUCGACUGCACGAGGAGUCUGUUAUUAUUCAUUCCAAAAGAGAGGAACUGCAAGAAGCUCGUGUUGAAGUUAAGAAGAUGGAGGUGGAAAUGAAUGCAGCCACAGCCCAAGUUUGUUUGUUAAUGAAGCAGAAUGAGCUGUUGAAUGAAAAGUUAAAGGAUGUAGCAGACUAUACAACGUUAAAGACAGAAAAUGUACAGCUUCGGACUGAGAUUACUAUACUGAGGAAACAGCUUGAUGAAGUUCAUCAUGAAAAUCAGAAGCUGCUUGAAAGGCUGAAUCAACCUUCUGCUGCUCAAUUAGCUCUUCACACUGAAUUAAAGAAAGUAGAAUAUUCAAGAAAACUUGACCAAGAUGAAUAUCAAAACCAAACACAGAGUCUGGAACAACAGCUACAGAAUGAGAUGGAGCGGUGUGCAAAGUUGAGAAGCCAACUUAUAGAAUAUGAGGAUCAAACCAGAAGAAUGAAUGGACAGGUUGAUGAUUUGAAACUUCAGCUGCGACAAACACAGUUGGCUUUAGAGAAUGAAGUUUACCGGAAUCCAAAACCCCCUCUGAUUGAUCAGUCAAUCAUUGACCUCACUGCAGACAGAAUUGCACCACAUGAUGUUUAUGCAGAUGUUGGUUUACUUGGCAGUCGAGCAGCACCUGAAGAUCGUCUCUUUUAUCCAAUGUCUGCUACAUGUGCAAAUUACAGCAAGUUAACUGAAAAAACGUGUUCUUCACCAGAUUCAGACCAGGAUUUUGUAGCCGGAGCCAAGGCUCGAAUAAGGGAGCUAGAGAAAGAGUCUGAGAACCUAGAGGAAGCCUACAGAAACUACCAAAAUAGAAUUAUUCGAACCGCCAUUCAAAAAAGUUCAGAAGCUCAAGGUUUUUCUCCAGUGUCAGUUAACAAUAUUCUCAGUAGAAUUCCAUCCAGUCAUCAGCACAGAGUAACAUUUGCAGAAAAUGCCUUCACUUCUCAACAGCUACAGUUUACUACAAGAGGACAAAUACAUGAAGAAAAUCGCCAACAAAUAACUAAAAUUGAAGAUCACCAAACUCCUAACAUAUCUCAGUUUACAUCUCCAAGACACUGUUCUUCAACUCCUGUCAAGCAUAAACUUAAAUAUGAUGAAUGUAGCAGAACUUCAGAAGGUAUCAAUACUUCCUUCCCAGUCAUUAUUCCCAGUGUACCAGAUCAUCAAACAUCAAUUGUAAAUAAUGAACUCCAUGUUGUCAACAGUCCAAACUCUUCUCGACCUGGCACCAAUGAAAGAUCUGAAAAUAUUCCAAGAGACCAUCUUGUAAUUUGUGAAUCUUCAACAAAUCAAAGAUUUGAAGAAUCGAUUGAGCAAUCAGAUGACCGUUUUAAAAUUGAGCAAGAAGGCAAUCUAGCCCAUAACAAAAAUCUGUCCCAACAUCGGGAGGAAGAUCUUAAUAGAGGAUCUAAUUCUUCGCUAGACCAAGAAGCAAUUUUAACUCCUGCAGAUGCAGGUGCAGGUAAAUUCAAAAAUCCUGAAGAAGAGAAAGGCAGACAGGAUGAAAAGGGCAAAGGAGAAGAAGAAAAAUCAUGGGAAGAUCAGAGACAAGGAAAUGGAGACAAACAGUGCCUGGGAAGACAGGAAGCAAAGGAAGGGGAACAAACAGAACUGGAAUUACUAGAAUUGGAAAAGGAGGAGAAGCGGAAGAUCGAGCCAAACGAAGAAAAAUCAAAGGAGCAGAGUUCAGAAGGUGUAGAAUUGCCAGCGUCAAAUACAGAUCCACUUGAAAAAUAUAUGAAGAUAAUUCAACAGCAGAAAAAAGAAGAAUUGCAAGAACAGAGCUCUAAACGGGAAGUAGAAGAGAGUUCUUUACUCCAAACACUGUCGGAUGGGAAAGCUGACAGUUCUGCAGCUUCACAUGAUGAGGAUGAUGACAAUUUCUGGUGAAAUACAUCCAAUUACAACACAGACCUAUCGCAGAAUGUAUUCCAUUAUAUUAGUUAAUAAUUACAUAUUUAUAUAUGUUCUGCCAAAAGACAAUUUUUAAAAUGCUUAAUUAGUCAGUAAAUAGUGUUAUUAUAUUCAUACAUUUUUAUGCAAAAACUCUGUAAAAGAGAAGUUUGAGAAAAACUUAAAAACUUUUGUGAAUGAUACAAACCUAUCCCUUCAAGUCUGAAUUUUUCAGUAUUAGCAGGCUAUAUACUAUAGGCAAUAGCUAUCUUUGGAGACUGAUGUUUAUAUGUAUACUAAUUGCUGUGAGUAAACUUGCUGAGGAAAACAGAAACAGGGAAAGAGGCUAAUUAAAAAUAUGGCACAUGUUUAAUAUGAUAAGGAAAAUGCACAUUUCAGAAAUGAGAGGUUGGGAAGAAACCAAAAAAGGCUUUAGAAAACAAAAUAAAGAACAAUGAAGAGAAUAGUGGCUUUUGGCCCCAGGUUGUUGUUUGAUAUCUUUGGCUAAGGUCAUGCAUCUGCAUAGGUAUAAAAUUUUAACUCAAAUGAUUUAUUAGCCAUUUGAAAGGGAAUGACAGAAAGAUGCUGACUCUUGCAAUAGAAAAUAGUUUACUUAUCAGAUUAUAAAAGAGAAAUUACAGAAGGUGAUUCUAAACUAUGCAAUUUCAAUGCGUAGAAAUGUCCUGCUCAAGCAACUAAAUGAAACAAGGUAACAUUGUUAUAUUAACAAAACCUAAUUUUUAGUUCAAAGCAAACACUUGUCAGAUUUACCCACAUGCUUUGUUUGCUUAACAGUAUGUUCAACUGUCUUGCCUUGGAUACAAAGAAUUUGACUUGCUGAAAUAUACAAGAAUACUUUAAACAUCUUAACACUAUUAGAAAGAGCUUUUAUUUAAUUGUUGAUGAAUUAGCACAUAACUAGUGAAAUUGAAAAGUAAAUUCCACAGAAAAAUCCUGGAAACAAACUUGGUUAAUCUUUCUCUUCAUAGGUAAGUAAAGUUUAUAUGCCUAAGUUAAUGUUACAGUUUAGUUUGAAAGAAUGCUGUAUACUAAAAAUGAUUUAAUUACAAAACAACAUGAAUGAAUUUCGCACAACUCUUGUUACUGGAAUUUAUCACAGGAACUAUCCAGGUUAACAAUAUGUGAAGAUAUCCACUUUCAUUCUAAUAAUUAAAUUGUGUUCGAUAUGGGAAUUUUAGUUUAAAUCACAAAAGCAAUCUAAGCACUGGCUUUUUCUUAUCUUAAUUUUAGCAGUAUGUUUGGUAAAGGAAGAUUGUAAAUGCCUAAAAUUAGCAUUUGUUCACUUUUGAGGAAAAAGAAAGCUGUAGGAAUGAGGCCACCUGAACUGUAAAAUGAAGUCAACUGGAUUUAAUCAUCUACUUCUGUCUAUCAAAACUGAGCUAAAACUAAAUAAUAAGUGGUGUUCGUUAACUUGCACAACAAUAGAAAACUGCAUGUUUAAGAUAUAAAAUGAUAAAUGAUUAAUGUAUUAGGUUAUAUUUGCUUAUUAGAAACACUGAAAAUACUAAUUUCAGGUUGGGUAUUUUUUAAAAAAAAGCAGGCAUGAUUAAACUAUGUAGGGUCUUUAAAAUUUGUUCAUAAUGAAAUGAUAAAAUAAAGGCGGCUGUGGUCCACAGUAAGAAAUCAGAUGAGAAUAUAUGGAAAAAUGAAAGAGAUCCAUUGCAAAACCACUAUAUAUUUGGGAUAUAUUUACUUGGAUUCCAAAAGCUAGCUUCUUUGUGUUUGUACUAGCUCAGUUAGUUUAUUUUUGCCUAAACCUCCCCACCUGCCCCCAACUGCUGUUGAUCUGUUUUGUAAUGCACAUUGAAGUUGUACAGCAAAUGUAGUCCAGAAAUGGAAAAAGGGGCCUAAAGAUUAAUUCUAAGUACAGUUCAUGAUGAAAAAAAUACUGUUUAAAAACUAAGCACUUUCCUGGAAUCUUAGGAACUGAGGAAUGAUCUGUAAUACAGGAAUUAAUACAAACUGCUCGCUGAAGAUGUUCAGUUUGGUACUUGACACUUGCACAUUUGCUUGUUAGUGGACGCACAUCUGUACUGCACAGCAGUCUAUAGAUUUGUCACAGCUGCUAGGUUUUCUGUUCAAUGGCUCUGUUGGUAAAUGUUGGACUGUAUUGUUCUUAUGUGUAAGAAUUCAGUCGUUCUUUUGAUCGGGAAGCAUGGAUAUCGUGAAGUUCCUGCUCUUCUUUCGUUUUGAGAUCCUGGUAUAUUUGCAUUUUGCAUGCGUCCUUCAAGUACGCCCAGUUUGCAGACAAAAUCAUGAGGAAAUGGAUCUGGAAGAGAAGGGUGAGGAGGAUGGCUAGUGAGCAUGUCAAGAUGCAUAGCAUGCUGCUAGUCAGAUUACUCCAAGCUGUUAAUUAAAACAAGGUUACAAUUAUGCGUAAAACUAAAACUAAAGAUUAUAUAAUUGAGUCGUGCAACAACCUAGCUGUUAUUUGGGAUCACACAAAGACACUGCUAUCAACACACAAAAGUAUGGACAUGAAAACUAAUUCAUGAAGCUCUAUCUUGAAAAAUAGUUUAAUAGAGACAUGGACAGUUUUCUAUGUCGUGAAAACAUUUGAAAAUCAUGAACCAAAGCUAGAAACCAAAUCUUAUUAAACUAAAUUCAGCAUUCUGUAUUUUUAAUGAUACUUUCUAGCUAUGCAUGUAGAACAGUCUAAAUCCUAGGGAGCUUACAAUGCUAUUUUCAUGAAUGAGAAUUCCUGCUAUGUUAGGAGAAAGUUUGUCAAAAACCUGUGUAAAACUGACUAAAUCCCACCCAAAAUGUAAGUACGUAGAAAAUCAGCAUUUUGAAUCAUCACAAAAUCAUAGAACUCCUACUGUGCAGAAGAAUGCUGAUUGAUCAUUAGAGUCUACACUGACCCUCUGAAGAGCAGUCCAGCCAGACAUAGCCCCCCACUAUAUCCCAUAAUCCUGCAUUUACCAGAACCAAUUCACUUCACCUAUACAUCCCUGAACACCACAGACAAUUUCAGCAUAGCCAAGCCACCUAACCUGCACAUCUUUGGAUCUUUUUCUGUCAGUGAAAAUCGAUUACAGAAAUGAUCGAGGAAUGUAUUUGAAUUAACAUCAAUGACUGCAAGAUGAAGUCCAAUAGUUGUAAUGUUGGUAUAGCUUCAGAAAGAAUGUCUAUGUCUCAGCAUCUUAAAAUACUCCCAAAGGAAAAUUAAACCUCCCUAGGUUUAAAAAUAAUCAUUUUUGGAUAGCUAGGAAACCCAAAUAUUAAUUUAAUCAGAUUGUGAUAAUAUUCCCAUUAACUUUCAUUUGUAAAUGUUAAUUAAGAUUUCCCAUUUCACAGUUGAGGCUAAUGUCUAGGCUUUUCCUAUCUUUAGAUUUUCAAGUCUUUAAGUCCAAAUCACUUCUGCAAAAGCUGAAGGAAAGUAGAAUUACUUGCUAUUCUGGUAAUUAUUCCAUUGCUUGAGCAUAAAAACAAAUUAGCGGAUGACUUCAGGUUGUGAAAGGGAGUGGAGCUUGGACACUUUGCCCAGCAUCUAACAUGACUGUCAAAAAUCUUAACUAAAUAGUGGGGUCUACAUUCAUACAAGUUACUCAUUCACCAGAGAACUGAAUAAAGUGGAACUGCUGCUAACAUUAAAUAGACCAAAAAAGUGCCACAAAUUUGGAAGACCAAGUGAUGAAGAGAGGAAACAACUAGAAGGUGUUGUGUUCCUGCAGAAAAGUACAACUCUUCAGGCGCAUCAGGGAACAAAGAAGAUCAAAAAGAGAAAAAGGCAGGGGGUUACAUGAAAGUGGUCUACAGUAAGGACCAGAGAUUUGUGAGACUAUUGCUGUAGAAACCCAAGCACAUAACAUAAAUCUAAAUUUCUAUAGCCAGAAUGUUAAGCCGUCAAAAAUGCUACAUCAUUUUUCGGGAGCAGAUAUUUGGAGUUUCAGCUUAAUUGUUCAUGAAGCAUUUUUUGGUAUUCUUGUGAGUCUUUCCAAAUGCAUAUGAUGGUUAGAAUAUCCUUUCACUGUCCAAAUAAAAACCCUAACUGUAUUAUCUGAGAAGCUAUCAGACUUGGUUACAUGACUAGAAAUUGUCCUCUGCUUCGAGUGAAUCUGAGAAUUGAAUGAUUGACUGAGGAGUAGAAGAAUGUCUUGUAUUUAAACUUGAAAAUUCAGUUGGUCAACCAUGACUUUCAAAGUUAGCUAGAACUGCAAGCUCAAACUUUAUCAACUACAUUAAUCUGCAUGGAGUGCGUUCCAACCUAAUAAAAGUUAGAAUAUAACAGCUCUGAUUGAUGGAAAAAUAUACAGCUAAUACUGACCAAAGAUUGACUGAUGAUGACCACCUUGCCUAGAGCAAAAAACUGAUGGGUAUUGAUAAUGCGUCACUCAAAGGAGAAAGAGGAUGAAGACUUGGGAUUACUGGGUGGGAAAAGUAGAUGGUUGACAAAAAUUAGCAAACUAAAUGGGCUGGCAAUCAUAAUUGCCUGGACUUUUCUUUUAAGUGGUAAUAUAUUUUCCAGCAUGAAUUACACACAAUCAAAUUCUCUAUUGCUGCUUAUAUAACUGAUUUAGUAUGCUGUGCUGCAUAUUCCUACACUUGAAAAUUUAUAAAUUACGAUCAUUUGUAUUAUAAAAAAGGAAAACUAGGCAUAAAUGUAAGACAGAUUUGCUGAAGGUUACUCUGAAGCAUCCUGUAAAAUUAGGUACUUUGCUAAAUAUAACUCAAAACCUUACAAUUCUGAACUUUUAUUACUAGAGGGGCAGAUUCAGACAGCCCAGUUUUUCUUAUUGCUGAGUAUGAAUUGUCAAUGAGCUAGUUUGCUUAGGAUACUGCAAUUGGAUUUGUGUGGGAAAGCAAAGAAAACAAGCAUGCACAAUUUUGAAUUAUGUUGUGUCCAUUGUUGACUGAUGAUUGUGAAGCAGAUGUAACAGUUGUAAAAAUGAUUUUUUGCCUGUUGUUUCCACCUUCCCAACUAAAGGAGAAGGUGUACUGGUAAAUCAAAUUGGGUUGGGGAUAAAUAAUAAUGGAACACAUAAUUCCUAAAGCAUAAAACUUUACUGAAGAAUGAUGAAAAUCACGAAAAGGCAGCGAUUUUGUAAAGAAAGCAUGUUUAUUUUGAGUAUAUGAAGAAAAAAAUGAUUGAAAGUCAAUAAAGUGUCUAUACAUACAAUUUCAAAAUACUGCAUUAAGAAAAUUAAAUAAUGCCGAAAUGUGGGAAUUUUUGUAACAAAAGGUGACUAAAAACAAGCGUAAAGCAUGCAGUUUUGAGGUUAACAAAUAUUAUAAUGGCACAUUUGAAGAUUUUU